UUAUUAUGGUAAUAUAAUAUGGAUUUUAAUAUUGCCAAAAGAUAUUGAUAUCUUUGGUUAAUGAUAUACCGACUGAAAAGGUAAUAUGAAGCUUGUAGUGAAAGUGGUAGAAGGAGAAGCUUACAGUGCAACCUCAAAUGAAAAAAGAGAAGCAUCCUUUAACUUUGGCUGUAAAGGUUUAGCAUUGGAAACCAGACCCUUCAUAAUAGUCUGUGUACUCAACUCUAGCAUUUCCCUUUUUCCAACCUCAAAGGUCCAAAGUUCCUCGAAAUCACUAUAAAGAUUAUAUAACAAAAGCAAAAAAAGCUCAAUGAAAGUGAAGAUAAACAACAGUUUCUACAAGUAAAUAAUAGUGUUCUUCUAAGCUUGAACCCUCAUUGCUUUUCCAGUAGCUAACUCAUUGAGAAGGAAAGCUUUUUCUUCCUUGGGAAAAUGAGUUCACAAGCUGCUGCAAGUCAUGCUGAGGAUUAUAAGCUAAAGGACACGAAGCCACAACUUGGGGAACGAUGGCCUCAUGGAGGAGUGCGUGGAGGAGGCGGGUGGAUAAGCAGCGAGAGAGCUACUAGCACGUAUGAUCUCGUCGAGCAGAUGUACUAUCUCUAUGUUCGAGUGGUGAAAGCCAAAGAUCUUCCCACAAAUCCUGUAACAGGAAACUGUGAUCCCUACGUUGAGGUCAAGGUUGGAAACUACAAGGGCAAAACAAGACACUUUGAGAAGAAAACAAACCCUUUAUGGAACCAAGUUUUUGCUUUCUCGAAAGAGAAAAUUCAAUCCUCUGCUGUAGAAGUUUAUGUUCGAGACAAAGAAAUGGUGGCCAGAGAUGAUUACAUAGGGAAGGUGGUCUUUGACAUGCAUGAAGUACCCACCAGAGUCCCACCAGACAGCCCUUUGGCUCCUCAGUGGUACAGAUUAGAGCACCGCCAUAGAGAGAUCAAAGUUAGAGGAGAGGUGAUGUUAGCAGUAUGGAUGGGCACACAGGCUGAUGAAGCUUUCCCCGAGUCAUGGCACUCAGACGCAGCCUCAGUUCACGGUGAAGGAGUUUACAACAUCCGAUCAAAAGUUUAUGUCUCACCGAAACUAUGGUACCUAAGAGUCAACAUCAUUGAGGCUCAGGAUGUUGAGCCAAGAGACAGAAGUCAGCCACCCCAAGCAUUUGUUAAAGCUCAAGUGGGAAACCAAAUACUGAAGACAAAGCUAUGCCAAACCAGAACAACCAACCCAAUGUGGAAUGAAGAUUUGCUCUUUGUUGCAGCUGAGCCAUUUGAAGAACACUUGGUACUCACAGUAGAAAACAAAGUCACCUCUGCUAAAGACGAAGUAAUGGGACAAACUACUGUAACUCUAGACAGCUUCGAGCGAAGACUGGAUCACCGGCCAGUCCAUUCUCGUUGGUUCAACCUCGAAAGGUUUGGCUUUGGAGUAAUUGAAGCAGAUAAGAGGCAUGAGCUUAAAUUCUCAAGCAGACUUCAUCUCAGAGUUUGCCUAGAAGGAGCUUACCAUGUGCUAGACGAGUCAACAAUGUACAUAAGUGAUGUUAGACCAACAGCUCGGCAGCUAUGGAAGCAACCAAUUGGGAUUCUCGAAGUGGGCAUUUUGAGUGCUCAAGGACUUCUCCAAAUGAAAACUAGAGACGGUAAAGGAGCUACGGAUGCUUAUUGCGUAGCCAAAUACGGCCAAAAAUGGGUACGAACCAGAACAAUCACUGAAAGUUCAAAUCCCAAAUGGAACGAGCAAUACACUUGGGAGGUUUAUGAUCCUUGUACUGUCAUCACCAUUGGGGUCUUCGACAACUGCCAUCUUGGUGGAAACGAUAAACCAACCGAUGCAAGAAUUGGGAAAGUAAGAAUUCGACUUUCAACUCUCGAAAUGGAUCGAAUUUAUACCAACUCAUAUCCACUUUUGGUUCUACAACCAUCUGGUUUGAAGAAAAUGGGGGAGCUUCAACUAGCCGUUAGAUUCACCUGUCUCUCACUAGCCAACAUAAUCUAUUUAUACGGGCACCCUUUACUGCCAAAAAUGCAUUACCUUCAUCCAUUUACAGUGAACCAAUUGGAUAGUCUGAGAUAUCAGGCCAUGACCAUAGUGGCAGUGAGACUUGGACGAGCUGAGCCGCCAUUGAGGAAAGAGGUGGUGGAGUACAUGUUAGAUGUGGAUUCACACAUGUGGAGUAUGAGAAGAAGCAAGGCCAAUUUCUUCAGAAUUGUUUCCCUUUUCUCUGGUGCUAUCUCCAUGAGUAAAUGGCUAGGAGAGGUCUGUCAAUGGCGUAACCCAGUGACAACUAUUCUGGUUCAUAUCUUGUUCUUCAUAUUGAUUUGUUACCCAGAAUUGAUUCUCCCCACCAUGUUUCUCUACAUGUUUCUGAUUGGAAUAUGGAAUUUUCGCUGUCGACCAAGGCAUCCUUCUCACAUGGAUACAAAGCUUUCAUGGGCUGAAGCUGUUCAUCCAGAUGAGUUAGAUGAGGAGUUUGAUACCUUCCCAACUUCAAAGCAACAAGACGUGGCUCGGAUGAGAUACGACAGGCUAAGAAGUGUGGCUGGGAGGAUUCAGACUGUGGUGGGAGACAUUGCAACUCAAGGAGAAAGGUUUCAGUCUCUGCUCAGUUGGAGAGAUCCAAGGGCCACCAGUCUGUACAUAAUCUUCUGUUUGAUUACAGCCAUUGUUCUUUAUGUGACACCAUUUCAGAUUGUUGCUCUGGUUGCUGGGAUAUUUUGGCUUCGUCAUCCUAGAUUUAGGAGUAAGUUGCCUUCAGUCCCAAGCAACUUCUUCAGAAGACUGCCUUCUCGUGCUGAUAGUAUGCUCUGAGAUAUUGGUUCGAAGUCAUUGUUUUAGCUGAGAUUAACUCUGGCAUUUCUUUCUUUAUUUGUUGUUUCAUUUUCUUCUAGUAGUUGUUUUUUGGUUGGUGUGUAUGAGAAUAAAAAAAAAAAAAAUAGUAGUAGAAAUAAUUGUAAUGUGCUGUUGAAAAAAUCAUAAGAAAAUAUUCUAAGUUAAUCAGAUUCAGAAUAAACAAUCAAGCUCGGGCACCUGCCAUGGCUGCUGCUCACUAGUGAAUGCUAUAUCUGGGUGAUGUGAAAAUUUAUUCAAUGUGGUUGUGAAUCACAGAGUGGAUUGCAAGAAAAGUAUAUAUCUGAAUAUAUAGGUGGAUCAAGGUUACGAACUAUAAAAAAAUUUCACCAGUUCAAUACAAAAACUUUGUGCUUUGACAGCAAAUAUCCAAAAACAAUCACUUAUAAUUUAAAUCAAACUAGUCCAGAACAGAAAAUUGUCCUCUGUGAGAAAUAUCCUGUAAUCUAAAAGACUAGCUCAUGGGGCUUCAUGCCUGACUUGAGAGAAAACCUAGCUGACAAGUAGGUUUUCAGUUCUGGUACUGCUUCAAUUGAUUUGAUCAAUGCGGUAUCCACAGACUUCUGGUCAUCUUUCUUUUGUUGUGGAAGCUGGUUCUUUUCCUGUAAA